UUGAUCAUGUCAGGAACAGUUCCAGAUAUGAAGCAUUCUUUCUCCUCAGUGGAUUUCAUACAGACAAAUAGUGUACAACUUAUUCAAAGAAUGGGGAUGCCAACUGUCAAGCAAAUUACAGAUGACUUUUUUGCAAAAUCUGUUUUGUCUGAUGAAGAAAAAGAUAUCAUCAUUUGCCAGAAAACUAGACAGGAUGCUUCAAGACGUCUGAUAUACCUCAUUCUGAAAAAAGGUGAAAGAGCCUGUGACCUUUUGGUUAAAGCACUGGAGAAAAUUGAUUUCCCCCUUUUUCAGAAUCUACAAGGAUACGGUGCUGCUGGGCAAAUGACGCCAGAAGACUUUGAUUGCUUGGUUGAGGAUUUAACUGACUUUUAUAGUCGUCCAUCUUUCCAACAAUUCCAUCCAUUGGGAGAAGAAAUUGACAUCAUCUUUAAUCUGACAACGACUUAUACAGAUACCUUGCUUUGGAAGAAAGACAUCCAUAACGCUCGGCUGGGACAGCUCUCUUUAAAUGCCCUUUUAGAUGAACUUAGAAAUCCCUGUAUCAUAGAAGGAGAAGCUGGCAAAGGGAAAACGACCCUCCUGAAGAAGAUUGCUUUACUCUGGGCUAAUGGAGAUCAUCCUGCCUUGAUGAAAUUCAAGCUUUCUUUCUUUAUCAAGCUAAGUGAGGCCCAGGCAGGAUUGUAUGAGACAGUGUGUGAACAGCUUCUUAAAAAGAAAUAUAGGAUAUGCAAAGAGGACUUUAUGGAGAUGUUAGAUUCGCUAAGAGAAAAAGCCCUCUUUCUGUUAGAUGGGUAUGAUGAAUUCCAAUCCCAGAGCUGCCCAGAAAUAGAAUCACUGAUAAAAGAGAACCAUAAAUUCAAAAACACAGUCAUUGUUACGACAAGGACCGAGUCGAUUAGUAGUCUGAGGCUGUUUGGGUCACUGAUUGCCGAGACAGGUGAUUUAUCUGAGCAAAGUGCAAAACAGCUAGUCAGAAAUGUAUUGAGAAAAGAGUUAGCUGAGGGCCUGUUGUCUCAAUUGGAGAAAACAGAUUCCACUUUUCAGAAAACAGGCUCUCAGUUUGACAACCUGAUGAAGACCCCUUUGUUUGUGGUUAUUGCUUGUGCCAUCCAAAUGGGAGAAACCACUUUUAAUCCACACACACAAACCACUCUGUUCUCCACACUACAUGAUUUGAUGGUGAGGAAAAACAAGUACAAGACCAAAGAGAUACCUGAUGAACAUUUUCGCCUAAGCAUAAUCCACUGUGGAAAUUUAGCCUUAGACGGAGUCUUUGAACGCAAAGUUAAUUUUUACCCUGAGGAUUUCUCCAGUGUGAAAGAACAGGUCCUGUUAGCUACAGGCCUCAUGCAUAAGUACUCAGCCCAGAGACUAACAGCAGUAUACAGAUUUUUUCACAAGUCUUUUCAGGAAUACGUUGCAGGCAGGAGACUUUCCAGGCUAUUAAUAUCCCGUAGGGAUGAGGACGUGACAAGGGGAAAUAGUUACCUACAAAGAAUUAAUAGCAUCUCAGAUAUUAUUACUACCUACCACAGUUUACUCCUGUAUACUUGUGGAUCAUCAGCUGAAGCCACUAGAAAAGUUAUCAGUCACCUAUCAAUCAUUCAUCAGCAUGGCAGUCUUUUUAUAUUGCCUUCUCUCCCUGAUCAAUGGUCAGAAGCAAAACCCAUGAAAAACAAAGAAAACGCUCAAGAAGAAGAAGGAGUAAUUGCAACUUUGGGAAACUCGUUUGUGGAGUGUGCCAUUAGCUUCCUCUAUGAAAGUCUCUCUGAAAUUACCGUGAAAGAGGAGUUUGAGGAAUUCUUCCAUGGCAAAAACCUCUACAUAAAUACUCAAAGCAUUCCUACAUAUGUCUGUGGUUUUUUCGAAUACUUUUCUAAUUGUGUGAGUGUGCUAGAACUCAUUAAAUUAGAUUUUUUGGGCAGCUCUUCUUGUGAGGAUGCAAAAGAUGGGCGAAAAGAAUGUUCUAAAACGACUCUAUUGAAAACUGUCAUCCCUGAAAAGGCAGUCUCCUUAUUCUUCAGCUGGGAACGAAAGCUCAAUUCUUUAGAGAUUACACUGAAAGACUUCAACAAAUUAGAAAAAGGUGAUGUUAAGUAUCUGGAAAAAAUAUGUUGCUCUGCCUCAAGGCUCAGAUUUCAUAUCAGCAGAAGUCCUGGCAUCACAGGAAAGCUGAGGGAAGUCCUCUAUAGCUGUACAAACCUGCAGGACCUUUUUGUGGAUUCGACACCUCUUACUGCAGAAGAUGAGCAACAGAUAGCCAAAAUGAUGUUACUGAAAACCAUAAAGUUAAAAGAUCUGCAGGAUGCAAGUCUAGAUGGUCUUCUUGAUGGAAUACCCGGCCUUGUCAAUGUGGAAAAGUUUACUUUUGACAACAUCAAGAUGAAUGAAGCCACUGCUAAAAAAUUAGCUGAAGGCUUAAAAAACCUGAAAAAACUACAGUUAUUGAAGUUGAAUAAUCUUACUGAUAUUGGAGAUGGAAUGACACAUAUAGUAAAGUCAAUAUCCUUCUGCCUCAGAGAUCUGGAAGAAAUUCAUCUAAUCAAUUGCUGCCUUUCUGGGAUUGCUGUGGAAAUUCUAGUCCAGAAUAUUUGCAAUUUAUCGAAACUUUAUGCACUUGAUUUAUCUGAUAAUUUUUUGGGAGAUGCUGGAAAAGAAGCUCUUUGCCAACUAGUUGACAGCUUAAAUAGCUUACCAAAGAUGGAAGUGCUGAUGCUCCCCCGGAUGAAUGAAGUGAAUGUUUGCCUCAUUAAGCUAGAACAGCUAGAAAGAAUGCCGCAGCUGACAAAACUCGGGCUGAAGAAAUGGGAUAUCACAGACUCUGAGGUUGGGAUUCUUGGUAAGCUUUUUGCGAAGACAUCCCUGGGAGAUCUCCAGCAUCUGGACAUAGCAGAGAAUUGCAUGACAAGUGAUGGAUGGCUUACCGUCUUACAGGUGUUAUUGAAUCUCAAGAAGUUGGCAUUUCUAGAUUUCAGCCGACAAAGAGGCUUUCUGCCUUCUGCCCGGUUAGUCUUGGAGAUGGCCCGUAUGAUAACCAAAUUGGUUUCUUUACAAGAGAUCAAUUUGACUGGCUGGCAGUUUGAUGCCCAUGAGCUAGGAGAAAUUAAGAAAGCGAAGCAAAAACGUAGUAAUGAGUUGCAAGUUAUUAUUUCUUAAACAUGGCCAGCUCUGGAUAGUGGAUACAAAGUCCCAUCCAUACAAAGUCCCAUCCCAAGACUGACUGAAGGGAUUUUCUGACACAUCCUAAUUCCUGGGACCCAAAUGAGGAAUAGACUUUCAGAACAACGUGGGACAUGACACUUGAAAUGUGGAAUAUAGUGAAGAACAGAAACAUUUCCUGUACAACCAUUUUUUUAAAAAAUAAGCAAGGAGAAACAAAGCAGUAAAUGCCCUUAUCACCCCGGGUUUUAAAGAUUAACAUGUAUACACUCCCUUUAAUAUUAAUUUUGUAAUGGUACUGGUAGUUUUUAUACCUAUUUUGAGA